CUUACAAGUUGGCCACUGCUCAGCGUUGCUUGUACGCCAAAGUGGUUAAAUAUGAGCAUUCGGUGUUCGCAGUUCGAAUUGUACGGUACGGUAGGCGCUCAAACGAAGCCAUAAAACGAAAUUGGAAAAUAAAAUUGAAGAGUUUAAGUGUCGGAUUUGUCUGGAUGUAAUAUGUAAAUAAGCAUAACGUCACGUAAAGGAAUUUGAAUUCGAAUCUCCUUGGAAUUCGUGUGUGCUAAGCAAAGCAAAGACCAAAAAAGCUGACGUAGACACAAAAAAAAAUUAAAACAGUAUUCUGACGUAUUUUGAGUUUUAUUAAAAAAAAAAAUUCCAAUUAAUAAAAAUUAAUUAGAUUUUAGUGUAUGAAUUAAGAAACUUUUCGCAGGGAUACAAAAAAAAUAAAAGUGGAUUUUUCAUUCUUUACAUUAAACUCUGUGUUAGACAAGCAGUAUAUACUAAAAGUUUCUCGACUAACCUGUACAACAACUAACAGUCACGCUAAUUAUAGCGCACUUGUACAACAAUAACAACAACACGAAGCUCAUAUACCCACUGUGUUCAAGUCGCGCUCACAUCGAUACUUCUCCAAAAAAAAAUUUCAAUUCAAGGUGGUUCGUUCGUCGUUCUCACCUACUUUUACGACAUAUAAAAUCAUUCAAUUGUAAAGGAGAAACGAUAAAAUAAGUUACUGAAAUGAGCUAUCUGCGAUCCAUAGAAAUCUCACGGGUAGAAAUGUCGCCGGCAGAGGACUCCACCUACACGACAAGUAGCGGUUCGAAGCGUGCCAGCUAUUCGCUGAUGGGCAUAAAACUAUUAGAACUGGUGCUGGUAAUUAUCUGCAUCGGACUCAUCGAUGAACCAUCCACGCACUCACAUUUGCGCAUAUUCAUAACGCCGCGCGUUGUGGCACUCUGCUAUGUAACCUUUGGCAGCCUAAUCAUUUAUACAUCAAUUUACUUAAUUAUGGCAUUGUUCGGCGAUGCCACUCCUUGGCGUACUUCGACCUUGUGGUCCAUUGUUGGCUUCAUUCUACUAAUUGCUGCGACGGCUUUACUCUUCCGCGAUUGGUCCACCACGAAAGAACGCAACUACUGGCAUCCGAAUAUGCAACGUCUUGACCUAGUUCUAGCUGCUGCUUCGGUUUCAUUGGUGACCACACUCAUUUACUUGGUGGAUGUUUUAGCUACAAUACGAUUUGGUGUUAGCGGUGAGCUCGAAUAGAGAGUUCGAUUGUCCUUAGUUCGGAUGUAUUACAAACACUGUAAUAUUUACAGAAAAGAGACGAAAUUGUUUAUAACGCAUUUUUUUACCUAAUAAUAAUUGUAUCAACAAAUAAUUGCAAUAAUUUCAUGAUCAAUGUAUAGACUUAAGUUAAUAAUAAUGUUUUGUUGGAUUUUAUACUUAUUCAAACACAUAAAAUAUAAUAAUAAUAUUAAGCGCAAACGAAUAUUUAGCCUGCCAUGGUGAAAUUUCCAAAUUUUCAAAUGUACAAAAUGACACAAUUGUUUUUUUUAAUAAUAAGGAAAUAGGUGUCAAGCUGUUCGUCUAUAUAUAUAAUAUAUGAUUUAAUCUAAUGGUCAUUUACUGACUACUUUUGAAACUGAAA